AUGACUAUUGACUACACUUCACAUCCAGCCGAUCUGGUUGGCUCCGGAAAACUGCAAAAUGCACCAAACCAUGUUGGUAUCAAGGACCUCAAAAACGCGAUACCUGCGCAUUGCUUUAAGCCGUCCCCUCUUAAAUCUUUGUUCUGGCUCCUGCAUGACGUGGCAUUGGCUAUGUUGAUCGGAUAUUUUGCUGCUUGUUAUAUUCCCUUGGUCGAAACCUCUGUUAUUCGCUAUGUGUUAUGGAUAUUGUAUGCUUGUGCACAAGGCAUAGUCUUCACUGGUAUCUGGGUUCUUGGUCAUGAGUGUGGUCAUGGUGCAUUCCUUCCCUGGGAGGUCGCCAAUAAUGCCAUAGGUUUUGUCCUGCAUUCACUACUGCUGACACCAUACUUCUCUUGGCGAUCAACGCACCGCAGACACCAUAUUUAUGCAAACAACAUGAAGCUAGACCACAACUACGUUGCUCCUCGCCGCUCAGAAUAUCAAAAGUUCUUUGGACCUAGAAUUGAGGCCAUUGAAGACCUGACUGAAGAUGCUGCUCUGCUUGAGGCUUGGUUGGUCAUUGGUGCUUCCGAUUUACUUCCUACCAUAUAUGUGUCUCAACCAUUGGAUUGUUGUGAUUACGUACUUACAUCACACACAUCCAAAACUACCAAAAUUCGAAGCUGA